CAUUGAAAAAACACCGCAAUCGUAGUUAUUAGUCUGUUGAGGACAUGGAAGGGUAAUUAUCUUCUUGUAGGUUAGGAUUGAGCUAACUCUUCUUAUCAGAGACAUGGAAAAUCUCUCAUUACAUUUGUUCAUUGAGUCCAGAAUAUAAAAUUUACAGUGUAAAGAAUCAUAAACAACAACACUCCAAUGAGAACCACACCAGCCGUCAUUUGCUUCUUCCUGCCGACCGUCAUUUAUCACGAAAGCAGUGAAAUUAUUUUCUUUUACAUUAUUUCUUAAGAAUGAUAAAUCAGCUUCCGCGUCAUUGAUAAUCAUUGCUGUUACUGCUGGUAGGACCACAUAAUUUCCUGGAAACGAAUCAAUUAAAUAACUACAAAAACAGUCAAUGUCCGCAUCCGAAAGGAGUUCCGUUCUAAGAAACUGGCUCAAUCGAUCUAUAAGUGGAUUUACGUGUGUGAAAUUAUCCACAUUUUCAGUUUUAUCAUUCAUUCGCGACUCACAAGAUGAUAAUUCCAUGAGGCGAAUAUCAAGAUCCAUAGACCGAUUAAUUGCGGCAUUCCAUUGUUCUUCCAAAACUUUGAUUCGCGCCUUUAAAUGUUCAUUCUCCUGUUCUAAGCUGGGAGCAGAAUCAUUUUCGGUAUAUGACACUGUUUCAUGCGAAUGUUGACCCGUUAAACUAUGAAUCACAGAAGUAUCCGAACUAGUUUUUAUCGUAAAAGUACAGUUCUUUUUCAAGCAUUUCCACGUAAUAUCACCUUUUACAGUGUGUGAGUCCUUUCCAAAUUUAAUACCUUUGUAUAAUAUAGCCGGAAUACCUUUUGCCGUUUUGCAUUGCUUUAUUGCCGAGUUCAUAUUAUUACAUUUGGUGAGACAAGCAGAAUAAAAACUAUCAGAAACCUUCGUAAAAACAGCGUCAAGUGGAGAGUACAGCAAUUCAAAACAAAACCGCCAGCAGACCCUACCGUCUCGAUCGUUGAUUGGUCUGCAAGCAGAGCGUUGCUAGGUUACGCAGGCAAACAAAAGUUACCGGUGUUCCAAAAGCAGCUGAUCGCUGAGUCGCAAAAUACAAAGUCCGAAACACAAUGUUAUCUAAUCAACAAGUCGCUUACUGAGUCUUUACGAUGGCAAUAACAACUUCAAUACAGUACUGUGCUUGUACACACUAUUUUCUCAGCUUAGAGUUUUUAACAGUCUCUCAAUACAGUGAACUCGCAAAACUAACCUGUACAGAAAUAGGCAAAUCUCCCGAAACACACUGUGAUAAAAACACUUGGAAAUCCAGGAGCAGGCAUUGUUGAUGUACAGUGCACUCAGCUCGGCAGUUUGCAAUGCUUUAUCGUCCUGCAGCUCUGAAAGAAAUGACGUAACAAGGCUGGGGAGGCUACUUGCUGAGAUGUCGAAAAAGUUGGAUGACAUGUUGAAGGCGUCUAAUCCAAUUAGCUUUGAUGUGGGACGACCUAGUACGGCCACUUCUGAAAACCAAGAUGCACACUCACAUUCAGACACAACGGAAUUCGAAAGUGCAGCAUUUCAAUCUACACAGAUAGAUUUUAACCUUGAUGAAUCUAAACGUAGGUUUGGAUGUGAACCUUCUAGUUCAAGACCAACCACAUCCAAUCAGUCAAUGUUCAAAGAGAUUCUACACUCGAAAAUGCAAAACAAAGAUCGUGUACCAGGUGUUUCAGGCCAGUCAUCAAGUGCACAGAGCUCUGACAUUGCACAAGGCAGGCGUGCUCGGUCUGAGUCUGAGUCUGAUUCAGAUGCUGAAGUCAAGGACUCCUCUCAUCGAGAGGAUGCCGUUGCUGAACGCACUCCAAUAACAGAUUGGAGGAUUAAAACUCAUAAAAAAAAUGGAAAGGUGGAACUUCUCGGCUGUUACUUGUAUUGGAUGGGGGUGAUUGGCGUGGAGAGCCUCUCCACCUUCCAGGCACCUCGGAGGACUAAUAAUCACCUCGAAAGCUUCCACGCUAGGAUGUUGGCUGCAUUCGGCGUCAACCUGGAUGUGUGGAGUUUUAUACGAAAAUUGAGAGAAGUUGAGAGAUCAUCAUUUGAUGAUUUACAACGUAUAGACAGAGACGAUCCGCAACGAGUGCGUAGGGCUCGAAGUGACAACAACGCCAACUCUGAUGCAAUCAGGAUGGCGCUGCGGCGAUUAACGCGCCAGGAAAUUACACUAAUAAAUUUCCUGACGACGGUGAGCCAUUGUGCUGACAACCUGAUAGAACGGGGAUUUGUCCAACAGCACAAUGGCCUCCAGGAAGCGGUCGUCGUUGACGAGGAAAUAAUUGAGUGGAUGUUGCCAGUGGCAGGAGAGGAGGUGGUGGUGGCAGCAGAAAAUGUAAGGCCACCUGCCCGACGCCGCCGAAGAAGACAGCAGGGAGUCCUGCAGCGUCCCAUCGAGGCCCAGCAGCAGCCACAUGCAGCCCCACGGUUGAGCAAUUGCGUGAUUUGUUUGAACAAUGAAUGUACGCACAUUGCUCUUCCGUGUGGGCACAUUUGCAUGUGCGAGGAAUGUGCCGAGCAAAAUCUAUUGCACAUGAACGGGCAGCCCCGUUGCCCACUAUGCAACAUACAUUGUACACACUAUCAGAGGGUGUACUUAAAUUUUCAGUAAGCAGCAAUAAGCAGGUAGGCUCAACUCACACUUAGGCGAGUCAGGUCGAGAAGAGUCUCGACUCUAGUCGAGAGCAUGUGUUUCUAAAUGGCGACACUCAGACCAGUCGAUUCCAGUCUCCGCGAUUGUCACCAUUUGAAAACAAAACGAGUCUCUUCUCGGCCUGAAUCGCGUAAGUGUGACUUGAGCCUAAGAGUCAUCAAGGAAAAAUAAUUAUUGUAAUGUAAAGAAUAUAAUACAGGCUGUGUGAAAAGUCCGAGAACGGCUUAAUAUCUCAUACACAAAAAAUGUGAUUUGACGGUGGGUGUGAUUGGUUCCUAUACUCUUUCUUCCCUUUCUGCUUUGAAUAUUAUUGAUUAAUAAUGUGAAUAUCUUCGAAACGGUUUGAGAUGUCGAUAUGCGGUUUUCGCAAUUUUUUUCUUGAAAUUCCGUCUUGAAAUCAUAUAUUGCAUGAUCACCUUCCUUUAAAAAAAAUAUGGCGGACCAGAUUUUUGAAAUCAUAGUUAAGUAGUAUUUUCAAUAUGAGUAGGAUCCACAAUCACACCCACAGUCAAAUUACCUUUGUGUAUAAGAUAUUAAGCCGUUCUCGGACUUUUCACCCACUCUGUAUAAUGUGCUAUAUAAAUGAUAAUCAAGCCUCAAAUUUUGACAUUCAAUAACUUUUUUAUGUGUGCACCGAAUUUGAUGAUUUUUAUAGUUGUAUUCGUUAUGUUCAGGACCAGGUUUAUGGCCUAUCAAAUUUAUAAUCCGACUUCUGGACUCUUCCCUACGGUCCUUCAAAGUCUACAUGUAAUCUGUAUGGUAGAAGAUUUGUAAGCUGGCCAUACACAGAAAUAAAAAUCACCUGUUAUAAUCAUUGCGUCAUACAGCAGCCGUCAGUAGAUAGUAGACAAGAGUGUGUGCUGCUCCAUAACCGCCCAUGUAUUUCAUGCUAUAGUGAGGUCCACGU